GUCAUCCAAUUCGAUUAUUCCUGAGUUAAUAAGUUUAAAAUUGAAAUAUAUAGUUCAUAGUGUACACAUAAAAAAAAAAAUGAAUACGAAACUUUUCACGGUGAUAAUUGCCGCUCUAUGUAUUAGCAGCAUAGCAUGCGAGAAAAUUCCAACAGAUAGCGAUGUCAUUAGCAUGAUUGACAAAUUAGAUGAGGAAAACUCAUUGCCAUUAUUUGGUGGAUUAACACUUGAGAAAGUCGAAAGUGCCAAUGACAAUUCGCCUCGUUCAUCGGAAUCUUUAACUGAUCGAAUUAUAAGUUAUCUCAAAAGUCAUACUGUUAAUUAUGAAUUAAGUGAAGCGCGUACAGGAGGUAAAAUAAAGCCAGUUAAAAUAAUUAAGAAAGUCAAAAAAGCUCGUGGAAAGCUGAAGAAACUUAUGUUGCCAAUCUUGUUGGCUCUUAAAUUUAAGUCUGCCGUUAUUCUUCCCGUUGUCUUCACACUCCUCACUCUCAUCUCAUUGAAAGCAUUGAAAGUUGGUCUUAUUGCUCUCUUAAUGGCUGGCUCCCAACUCGUCAAAGAUCUCUUCGCAAAGAAGCAAGAAAAAGUAACAACAGCCUACAUUGCAGCUAACCCAACACAAUCAGGAUUCAAUGCUGAAAUCGUGACUGACUGGAAUAGAAAUGGUCAGCAAGCUAGUGACUUAGCUUACAAUGCAUACAAUAAUUAUCAAACUAUACCUCAAAAUAUCUAAAGUGAUCAAAGAAAUUUCCCAAAUCAUGAAAGAAAUGAUUGGAAAUGGAGAAAAAGAUUUUACUAUAAUUAAAUGAACCAAUUUUUAUUUAUUUAUUUAAUUUAUUAAUCGACAUUCAUCGAUCAAAAGAGAUUUCUAAAAAUGCGA